AUAAUUGUCGAUAUACAUAAUAAUAUGUGUCCUAUGUCAAUUGUCAACAGUAAAGUUUUAUAUUUAAUUCUUAUCAGUUAGAGAUAAGGGAAUUAACCACAAAAAAUAUAUUUAUCUACCAAUAGGUCGUUAUCUAGGGUCUCGGUUUGUCAUAUGUAUCGAAUCAUAUCUUUGGACAUAUAUAUCGUGAUUGUGAAAUGUGAGUUCAGUAAUGUUGAGUUCGUAAGAAGGGCGAAACGAGUUUUUAUAUUUCGAGCAAGGAAUACAUUAUUUGAACGUGAGAUUGUAAAGACCGAAACUUAGUGUCAGAACCUGUUUAAUUUUAGACUUCAAUUGCCGACUUGGUACUAAUUAUUAAAGCAAGAAAAAGAUGGACAAACUAAAAACCAACUGGUUUACGGAAUCAUGCGAUAUGUGGCCUGGGGGUACUUUCUCAUUCGAAGUCAAAGAAGUACUGCACACAGAAAAAUCAAAAUACCAGAAUAUCCAAGUUUUUGAUACAACCAGUUUGGGGAAGGUUCUUGUCUUGGACGGAAUCAUACAAUGCACUCAGAAAGAUGAGUUUUCUUAUCAGGAAAUGAUAUCAUUUUUGCCUUUAUGCUGCCACAAAAAUCCAGAAAAUGUACUCAUAGUCGGUGGAGGUGAUGGAGGUGUCGCAAGGGAAGUCGCCAAACAUCCUCAAGUGAAACACAUUGUUCUGGUUGAAAUUGAUGACCGCGUAAUUGAGUUAUCAAAAAGGUACCUCCCGUUCAUGGCGGUCGGUUUCGAUAGUCCUAAGUUAACUCUUCAUGUGGGUGACGGUUUUGAAUUUAUGAAGAACCAUAGACAAGAGUUUGACGUCAUUAUCACGGACAGUAGCGACCCAGUCGGACCGGCCGUAAAUUUAUUUCAAGAGAACUACUUCUCUCUGAUGAAGAGCGCUUUGAAACCUGACGGCAUAGUUUGUUCGCAAGCCGGAACAAUCUGGAAUGAUAUAGAGCUCGUAACGAAUACGUUGAAUUUCUGCAAGAAUCAGUUUCCGGCGGCCGCUUAUUGUUACACGUCCGUGCCUACGUAUCCUUCCGGUCAGAUCGGAUUUGUGAUAGGUUCUCUGACCAAAGACAUCAAAUUUAAUGAACCUCAAUUGACGUUUACUAGAGACGAAGAGGAAGCUAUGAAUUUGCGUUACUACAACAGCGAAGUUCAUAGAGCAGCGUUCGCGUUGCCAACCUUUGUAAAAUAUAAACUGGCUUGAAUUGUUUUUUUUUUUUAAUUUACACAACUGUGUUCUGAUUAUGAAGUACAAAAAUUUUAUUUUAAAAUAUGGACAUUUAGAAUAUUAUAAUUGAUAAUUCUUGACUAAUUCAAUGGAACAAAAUUGGCAUUUUACUUAUAAUUCAAUGUUGCCCAUAAAAUUGCGUAUUGCCAUUUGUUUUCAUACUUACAUUCCACUUUUUUUAAAUAAUUUUAGUAGUAGUUUUGUACUGGAACUCUUUGCUGAUUCCUCUUAAGCUCUCCAGCUAUGAGCAUUAGCUUAGCAGUGCUCAUGGCUAUUAACGAAUUCCCAAAACAGGUGGGUAACAAUAAAUUACGGAAAUAUAGGUCUGAAUUUAUAAUCAUAAGAUAUAAUCGCCUAAAAUACGGAACACAUAAGUGCCUAAGCAUGUACACCAUUAUAUAAGAAAAUUUAUUCACUAAAGAUGCCUAAAUAAAGGUACUUAUUAUAAAAAGGAGACUGGCAGCAUUCUGUAGUAACAAGAUGGCGUAGUUAAAUAAUAUUUAUAAAUAAUUGUUAUUUAAAUAAGGGAAAACAGAAACGUGUAAUAAUUAAAUGGUAACUUCAUUAAGUAAUUGCUCAAUUUAUAAUUAUUAUGAAAACUAAUUGUAAACGAUUUAUAUUAUUAUACAAUUUUACUAUUGUUGAAGGAAUAUUAAAGGCUUCUUUUUAA